UAAAAGACAGUAUAUGUUUCGACUACCUUUCCCCUCCUCAGAGUCACCUUUCCGUGGUCUGGAAGAACGCGAACACACGUCGUUCCUACAAAUGCCACUGGUUUCAUACAAAGUACAGCUGUUCUUGUAUCCAUUUAUUCCGCGCUAUUCCCAACGCUUCAGCAUACUGCCCACCCAAUAAAACCAUAAUAGUCGGCUUUCCUCGUCUGCUUUCCUCGCGUGCUUGGAUCGAUUUAUCGCCAGAAGAGGAAUCCCAAGCAAAAUUAUGUCUGACAACGCGACAAACUUUGUAGGAGCCAAGCAUCAACUGGCCGAACUCUACCGAAUGGUGGAACGCAGAGAAAACGCACCAAGAAAUUAAGGAAGAACUGGUAAAGCGAGGCAUAGUGUGGACCUUCAUCCCGCCGUCCGCCCCUCACUUUGGCAGUCUAUGGGAAGCUGCCGUGAAAUCGAUGAAGUACCACCUCACACGAGUUCUUCAGUACCAACCGUUGACGUUCGAGGAGUUAUCUACCGUCACGAGCCGGGUCGAAGCGAUCCUCAAUUCCCGACCGCUGUAUCCGAUGUCCUCAUCCCCUGACGAUUACGACGUAUUGACACCCGGACAUUUUACAAUAGGUGACGCCUUGGUGUCACUACCCCAACCGGACUGGUCUGAUCACGCUCAUCAUCUAAUGACUCGCUGGCAAUUUUUACAGAAAUGCACAGCGGAUUUCUGGAAGAAGUGGCGAUUGGAGUAUCUCACCACUCUCCAACAACGGCCGAAGUGGCAACAGCGAACCGACAACCUGGAGUUGGGAACCCUUGUAGUCUUAAGGGACGUCCAGGCGCAUUCAUUAUCCUGGCAGAUCGGCCGCAUCAUCGAGAAGUACCCAGGCAAGGAUGGAACAGUGAGAGUGGUACGCGUCAAGACGCCUAUUGGAGAGUACACGCGACCAGUGGUCCGUCUAUCUCCUCUGAUGCCUGAGCCCUGAUUGCUCCAGUGACACAUUCUUUUCCCACGCCCCUUUGUUUUCUUCUGUUUUUUUUUCAUCUUUCUGUUGUGCUUUUCUGGGACCUUCGAGUUGAAAUUUCGCCUGAAAUUUGGUGGGCGGUGUGUUACGGCCGUACGCUUUCGGGCCGAGCCGCGGUGAUCGGCAUGUUGACAACAACGGAAUUAACUCGCCGAUAACAGGAUUGUUGACAUGACUCGGAGUUUUACUUUUACUUACACUCGAGCCUUGGUCGGACCUACUGCUUGACCUGUUGCUGCCCGCAUCUGCUUUUGCUGCUGAACGCUG